AUGGACCAAAUCACGCUUGACGACAGAGAUCCGCAUAUCACGUAUUUCGGUAAUUGGACAUAUGGGGGUACCGGGCAAGAAUACUGGGGCACUACAUCGGGUGCGAAUGCAACGAAUAUGAGUAUGAUGUUCACCUUUAAUGGGACUUGGAUCGGUGUUUAUGGAAGCAUUGGAUUUAUGGGCGUCACUGCGGACUUUGUGCUAGACAAUGGCGAGGCUGAACAGUAUCUGCACACGCCAGCUCCGAGCGGCCUCUUUCGUCAGGCCUACUUUGAAUCGACCCCACUGGCCUUCGGAGAACACACCAUUCAGAUGACGAACAUGGCGAACGGCCCCACCAGCUAUCUGGAUUAUAUCGUCUACAAUACGACGGCGCAGUCAGGCAGCACGACGACCGUCACCUCUCUCGUUACAGCCACAUCCAUUCCUGGAACCGCUCCUUCGAAGCCUUCCAAUGCGCCUUACAAAGCUCCGCAGACUGUCAAGGCAAUACCGACGUUUGCUUGGUAA